AUGGACGCCACCACUAUGAAGCUGGUGGACGGUGACAUCAAGGCCCACACCAUGAUUCUUUUCUUUUGUCAUUCUGCUUCUCCUUGCUUCGUUUAUCUUGCGGUGUGUCGAGCUGCGGGCGAUAUGCAUGAGCCCAGUAUUAACCCAAGUUUUUUUUACAAAUGCGUUGCAGUCAAGACAUUGCCUCUUAACACCGAUCUCGAGAUCGAGUGUAUUACUGUCUUGUGA